GAGCCAGUGGCGACUCUUAUCAACCUCACGAAGCUGGUGAUGUUCGACUUCCAUUUCAUCCGCACUUCUUGCUUCUUCGGCACCGACAAUCCCGUACUCUAUUUUGUCGGCCGAUUGCUUACAUGCCCGGUGGCUUGUGCUCUGCUACUGUGUGCUUGGGUCCUGCAGAAGAUGCUCGGACGUCACAAGCCAUUCAACACGGUGUUGAAUCAGUGUGGAGUGAUGAUCUUUGCCUUCUUCCUGUCCAUCACCCGCGCGACCCUGAUUCCAUUUCAGUGUGUCGAGAACCCAAAUGGAACUAGCUCAAUGAUGCUGCACCCGGGCAUCAUUUGCUACCAAUCGGAGGAGCAUGCCCUCUUUGCUGCACUUUCUGUGGUAGGAGUUGUGACUCAGCCCUUGGCUAUCCUGGUGUUGGCCACCUACGUCAUCUUCACGUAUCCAUCGCGUGUAGCCGGUGGCAAGGGGCUUCGCUUCUCCACGCGAUACCGUUUCCUUCUUCACAGGUUCAAGCCUUCGUCCUACUACUACGGCUUGGUCCUCCUCUACCGCAAUGCUAUCAUCGCUCUUCUGCCUACGGUUCUGGUCGGCGUGCCGGAAGUUCAAGUACCGUUAAUGGGCAUCAUGUUGCUGGCUGUCCAGAACCUGUCCUUGCAAACUGCGCCAUGGCGAACACAAAUGGCCAAUCGCGUCGACAUGCUGUUGACGGACCUUCUUCUCGUCACUCUGCUCAGUGCCGGUCCUCUGCUGCUACUGGACGAGGCUUCGUCCACGGCCGUGCUCGGUUGGCUUCUUUGUGUGCCCAUCCUGUCGAUCUUGCUUGUGGUUCUUCUUGGCUUCCUGAGACUCGCGGUGAAGGCCAUCAGGCAGAAGAGGGAGAAGCUCUACGACAUCUUCCUAUGUCACCACAAGGCAGGGGGUGGGAGCUUGAGCCGCUUGAUGAAGCUCGUGAUUCUGCAGCACUCUUCCGCCCGGGUGUUCUUGGACAGCGACCAGCUUCAGAACCUCGACUUGUUGUUUGACAUCAUCCGGACAUCGACAAAGAACGUGGUCGUGGUGCUCACCGGAGAGCUGCUGUCUAGAAGCUGGUGUGCGGGAGAGAUCGUAACCGCCUGGAAGAAUGACAUUCACACGGUGCCCUUGCUCUGCGAAGGUUUCGAAAGGCUGUCUGACGAGGCACAGAAGCAGAUCCCUUCACUUUGGACGCCUCACCAAGUUGCACAAUUGGCAAGCUACGGGAUCCAGCUUGAUGAUGUGAACUUGGCUUAUUCAUGGCUGCAGCAUGAGCUAACUCCUCUCCAAAUGGCCCGCUUUGGUCCAGUUUGUGGCAGGGAAAAGGUGGUCGUGGAGCUUAUGAACGUCUGUGGAUUGUCGUCUCGUCGAACGACGAGCAAGACGGCCGGACAUGUCUCACGACCCCGGAUUCUCAUUUUGAGCUCCUAUAUGGAGGCAGAGUAUUUGUCCGCUUGCGAGGUCUUUCAAAUUCUUCUACAAGCACACCUCCAUGUCGAGUGCGAGGUUGUGCACGAUUUUCAGCAGAUUGCCACAUGCAAGCCUUUUGCCUACUACCUCAUUGCCUUGCUUUUCCGUGGCAUCCUCCGGGACGAAGAUUUCAUCAAGCUUCUCCUGUAUGCUACUCAGACUUGUACCUCGUCAAAACGGGCCUUGGAAUUGGUGCCAGUGGUUGCCGACUCCAACUUCGAAGUUCCAAACGUCGACGGGUAUUGGGCUCUCUAG